GUACGUGUGUCGUCUCGCGUACGUGAAAACGCGUUCCGUGUGCAGUUCGGUGUGAGCGCAACGUGUUGCUGUUGGCCGGGAACGAGAGAGGCGAGUUGCCGCCACCGCAAACCUAUAUGUAUACACGCAUGUACGUUUGUGUUGGCCACGAUGUUUCCCAGUUGUGUAUUCGCUAGGCGAAAAGAGCUAGCUAGAAGAGGGUAAGAGGAGGAAAGAGAAGAUAAAGAAAUGGUACCGAGUGCGAGAGGGAGUUGACCGAAGAAAAAGUAUUGGCGUGGUGGGGCGGUUAGCGACAGUCUACCAUCGCACCGGUAGUGGUAACGCGGGUGUCGGUGCUGCUUGAAGGUGUAUACGCGUGCACGGAUACAGCACCGAUACACUAACACGAGUAGGAACUAGAGAGAGAAGGAGAACAGCAGGGAGACAGAGGAGAGACGAUCGGUAGACAACGGUAGAGGAGUGGUAGAGAAGCACGGAGAGCAAGUUGGCAGAGACAGUGUCGAGAGAAGCGGUCGGUGGCAGUUCGAGUCUGUCGUCAGGUCGGGAGACGCGCGGUCAGUAUCGAACCGUUCGCGAGCUUCGCCACGUUUUUCAACGAUUUUUCUAUUUUUCUCUUCCUCGUGUUUGCCGCGGGCGGAAGGAAAUCGUGCGAUCCACUCGUUUUCGUUCACCACUUACAUAUCUCAAGAUGGGUUAAACGGUGUUCCCGAAACGUUGCGCGAUUUCACGCAAGACCGGUAAUUCGAUUUCAUACGUAUACCUGGUGUGCAAACUUCGCAGUGUUUCCAAGUGCAAACAAGUGUGCUCGUUGCGAGAACUCGAUCCUUCGUAUGCACUGUACGGAUCGAACGAUAUCUCGCUGGUUCGUGUACUACUCGUUCUUUCGGAUAGAUCGUUUCGAUAAGAGAGGAGAGGAGGAAGAAUAUUCGCUCGAUCAUCAGGAAAGAAAGGUGUAAAAGAAAGAGAUACGCGUAGGUACGAGUGUGAUUCGGUUCGAACCGAAUGAAUCGUGCGCGUCGGCGACGACGUCGAAGACGAGGACGACGGGGAUAGUUGGAUGGUCGGUUGGUUGUCGAGGAGACGCGGAUAAUGCGGCAACUACGUGACCGACCGAGCCACGUUCAGCGAUUCAGUGGAUCAACCUCGACCUCCAAACGUAUUGUCCACGGGGAGUAUAGUUUCGAAGGAUUCGUCUAGCCAAUUACCCAACGAAGGACAAAAGAUUAUCCUUAUUCGCGUGCGAGACUUCGAGUCGAUCGUAGAAAGAUUUGUUGGCGUCGACGAGCAGAUUCCUGCACCGAUCUAAGAGAAACCGUUAAUCGAGACUGGAUCGGAUCGUGCAAAGUAGGACAAAGUGCAAUAAUCCUACUUAAGAAGGAACCUAUGCCGUGUGUACCUUCGCGAACCGUAGGAAGCCAACGACGAGGAUCUUCGAAGGAUAUCGUUGAAUCGCGGUUUAAAGGUCGUUGCUUCUUCGAUCCUCGAGUAUUCGAUGACCAUUCCACGGUAGCGUAGUAUUUACACAGGAAGCCUCCUACGAAAACGAAGUACCUACUAAUCUACCAAAUAAAUCAAUUAGUUCUCCUCUUGAUUAAGAACAAUUUUACACGUAUAACCGCAUAAUUAAUCGCGCACAACGAGCAAGAAAGAAAAAAAGACCGAGUAGGAACCGUAUUCAGAAUACGGAAAGAGUCGAUCGAGGUAUGUGCAACAAGUUAAGGGGGAACCACGUGACUAUAACUACCAAAGCAAACAUCCGAGCAAGCGUAGAUAAGGGGUUGGAGGCGACGACCGCAAACAUACAGAUGCGCGCAAAAACCAUCCUCCUGCGUAAUCUUUGCAGCAUGUCGCGUGUCGAGUCAAAACUAUAACUCGCUGGCCGAGUUAUCCGAAGGAAGCUUCGAAAGAUUGCAUUGUAAUCGGUGGUUGAUUACGACCAACGAAAAAAGCGUGGAAACAACAGGAAAUCGUGUGUAUUCGGAGACGAUGCAUCGUACCGGUCGAAUUUCCGGUACAAGCGCAACACCUUGAAUGACUUUCCCGUUUUGUGGCUUCGUUUUCGACUCGUCCGACGAGAGGGCGAGACAAAUGCCCGUCGCUUCGGAAGAUUGGGUGCCGCACCCGGCUAAAAUAACCAGUUCCAUCACCACUGUCAAAGGUGCCACCAUUCAAAGCACCACCACUGCUUGGAUGUCGCCUUACAGCAGAGCAGCACCCUCGGAACGUUCUACCCCCAACAACAAUAAUAACAAUAACAACCACAAUAAUAAUAAUAACAAUAAUAAUGGUGUUGUUAUACUGGAGGGAUGUAGACCGCCCGCCGCGACCACGGCCAGAAGAUUCCUUAGGUGGUUCAGUAGACUCGGCCAACCACCAAUGGGAAAGUCAGGGGUGUUGGAGAUGGCAGCCACAGAGAGCACGAUCCGUUUCAGCGGCCACACGUUGGACAAGGCUACAAAGGCCAAGGUAACGUUGGAGAAUUACUACAGUAAUCUAAUAGCUCAGCACAUCGAGCGAAAACAGAGGCUGGCUAAAUUAGAGGAGUCGUUGAAAGACGAGGGACUGUCGGAGCAGCAGAAGCAAGAGAAACGGUUGCAGCAUGCUCAGAAAGAGACCGAAUUUCUUCGAUUGAAACGCUCCCGUCUCGGCGUCGAGGAUUUCGAGCCUCUCAAAGUCAUUGGUAGAGGCGCUUUCGGAGAGGUGAGACUGGUGCAGAAAAAGGACACCGGUCAUGUGUACGCGAUGAAAAUCCUUCGAAAAGCCGAUAUGCUCGAAAAGGAACAAGUCGCGCACGUCAGGGCCGAAAGAGACGUGUUGGUGGAAGCGGAUCAUCAAUGGGUCGUCAAAAUGUAUUAUAGCUUUCAAGAUCCCAUUAAUCUCUAUUUAAUAAUGGAAUUUCUUCCAGGCGGUGAUAUGAUGACGUUGCUGAUGAAGAAAGACACGCUUUCCGAAGAGUGUACACAGUUUUACAUUUCCGAAACGGCAUUAGCGAUCGAUUCUAUUCAUAAGCUAGGAUUCAUUCACAGAGAUAUCAAACCGGACAAUCUGUUGCUGGACGCACGGGGUCACAUAAAGCUUUCCGAUUUCGGGCUUUGCACGGGUUUGAAGAAAUCUCAUAGAACCGAUUUCUACAGAGACCUCAGUCAAGCGAAACCAUCCGAUUUCAUGACGUCCUGCGGAAGCGGAAGCGGUGGAGCGAUGGAUAGCAAAAGGAGAGCCGAAAGUUGGAAAAGAAACCGAAGAGCGUUGGCGUACAGCACAGUGGGAACGCCGGACUACAUAGCUCCAGAAGUAUUUUUGCAAACUGGUUACGGUCCUGCCUGCGACUGUUGGUCCUUGGGGGUUAUCAUGUACGAAAUGCUCAUAGGAUAUCCUCCGUUUUGCAGUGAAAAUCCUCAGGAAACUUACAGGAAAGUGAUGAACUGGAGAGAAACUUUGGUGUUCCCACCGGAAGUUCCCAUCAGCGAAGAAGCUAAGGACACUAUAAUCAGAUUCUGCUGCGAGGCUGACAGAAGAUUAGGCGCGCAAAGAGGUAUCGAAGAGCUUAAAUUGGCCCCGUUCUUCCGUGGAGUCGAUUGGGAACACAUCAGAGAGAGACCAGCCGCGAUACCCGUCGAAGUGCGUUCGAUCGACGACACCUCCAAUUUCGACGAAUUUCCUGACGUGAAAUUGGAAAUCCCAUCCGCCCCGAUGCCUCAAGACGGAGAGGUAAUAUACAAGGAUUGGGUAUUCAUUAAUUACACGUUCAAGCGAUUCGAAGGUUUGACGCAACGAGGCACGCCGACCAAGAAAUAGCAACACUCCAUUUCAUGCUCGGUUUCAACCAGUCAGCAGUCUGACGCAACUGGAAUUCCGGCCUUGGUACAUCAUCCGUACCCUUCGUUGUCAUCGACGCUAUCAUCGCGGAUGGACGGCUGAUCCGUUUCGAUUAUCGAACACGGCCCAGUCGAUCAUCGGGAGAACGAUUCGUUCUUACAUGUACAUACGCGAUGCGGCGAGCACAAUACGCGUACGUAUGUAUAUGUUAAAAGAAGAAGCGAAGAGGGUGAAAGAGAAAUUGGUGGAGGAGGAUCAAGGGAAGAGGAAAGAAAAUCGAAACGAACAUGACGUAACGAUGAUCAACGUGUAACAAGUCGUGGAUUAUUUAUCGUUUACAAAGGGACAAAGAACGGUACGAUAAAAGAUUCUCGAGACGAGCGAGUGCGAUAAUUCUGAUGCACAUGUGAUAAGGAAGAAGCGACAUAUUUUCAUGCGCACCCUAAUCUUUAGCGAUUUUUCAGUUUUACUGUCAAAGAAAAGAAGAAACACGCGUUUCCUUUCCGUUCUAUUGUGGAUAUAUUUUCAAUCCAACACUUCGAUACGUAGCAUAAUAAGCUCUCUGUAGUGAAAAUAUUAAUAGAAAAGAAUAGGGAAGAUGGAGCCUCGGUCCCGUGAUUCUCGCAGUGAAAUAACGAUUUAUUUUACGUAACGUGUUUUUGUUCGGUGUGUUUUCUCUCUUUUCUUCUAACGAUAUACCGGCUCGACUCUCGUAUUCAGCUCUCUUCUCAACGUUGUAUUUAUAGCUAGUGCUGUGAUAUGAAAUUAUUUCAAAGUUUUGUAUACAAAUAGCUGUUUUGUCUGUUAACGAAUACUGAACUUUACGAACGUUGUAUACUUUGUUCGAUCGUGCUUACGUUUUCUUUAAAAAAAAAAAAAUUUAGAAAUUUGUUGGUGUAAAAAAGGGUAUUAUUUUAUAUUUAUAUAUACAUAUAUAUAUAUACAUAUAUAUAUAUAUAUCUUUUUAGAGCUUUUUCCUGAAUAUUUAUUAUACUAUUGUGUUGUAAAACUCCACGGAGAAUUAUAUGAUUACUAAUUCUUCGAGGUGAAUCAUGCGUAUAAUCGUGUAGAUUUCCUCAGUUUUUACAUUAUCGAUAACCAUCCUGUAAGAACGUUUUGAAAUUUGUAUCAGUAUAUUCACGGGUUUAAAAAAAAAAAAAAACUAUUCUUUCUCUGCUCGUAAUUUUGGUUUCGCUAUAAAAUACCAUAGCUGAGAGCAGUUCAAUUACAAUAUAAGCUUUAUGGCACAAGCUUCUAUGCGUAACUUUUGUGCUUUAUGGUCUUUUGUAUCGACGCGUAACGUGCUGUUAAAUAAAGUGUACUACUUGAGCUAAUUAAUCUAGUAAGGAAACGAUCAAGCCGCGCGAAAGGGUAGACGGCGUUGAAGGAGAAUCAUACAGGUACCGGGUCUCUUUCUUCAAGAAAAACUUGCAAACACAACAUUUUUAUUUGUGCCUGCGUAUUAUGAAAAUCUGGAAAAGCGUGAAAGAAAAAGAUUUUUUAAAAUACAGAAAAAAAAAAUUGUGUGAAAACGGAAAACAAUACACUCGUUGAAUUUAGGGCUCCUUCGUUGCCUUAGCAAGGUUCCUAACGCGUACGCGCGCGCAGCCCAAUAUGAAAGGCUGCAAAGGACAAAAGAAAAUUUAUAACGCUGGGUAUAAUUCGUAAAUCUAAUAAAAGCCAAAAAUAUUCGUUGAGAUGGUUGAAUUUGAUCCUUGUUACGAUGUUACACCAAAAACUACAAUCAUUUAUCCUGCAUUUUCAACACGUUUUCUUACACCGUGUUUCGUUCGAACAACGGACCAAUUAAUUCGCAUCCGAUUCAUUUAAAUCGAAUCAUUAAUGCCCAGCAACGACUGGAUUCACGCAAAAAUUUUCCUACGCACGAAGGGAAGAAUAAAUGAGUGUGUCGCGCAUCGUAUGUAAUUUUUAUUUCGAAUACAACACUGUGGACGAUAGUUAGCGUUUACAUUCUGUAGUUGACUAACAACCAGGGCACCACGGUAGUGAUAGUACUAAUGAUAAAAAUGAAGGGCUAGAUAAAGGUAUAAAGUAACGCGCCAGAGGUAGCUAGAGACUUAUCCGCGUUCCGACUACUCCUCACUAACUUUUACACACCUUCCUCCUACGGACCCGAUGUGUCUCCGUUAACGAUCAUUGCGAAACGUUGCUACACAACAUACUCGUACACAUAUAUUUAAUAAAAGAAUUAGUUUCGUACGGCUUCGUUCGCGAGUACUUCCAGCGUCGAGCACGAACCACGGAGUUUCGUUAUUUUUCCUCUCGACGUUCGAUCCUUCAAUUUUACAAGAUCGUAAAGAUAUUUUCACGAGUAUAUCCUGGCAAUGUUUAACACACAAACUGUUUCGAACUCCGUGUUCUUCGUGCUCGAACCGCGACCACCCUUUCGCCGUGUAAAUUAAAACAGAUUUCGAUAUAUAAUUGUACGACACAGAGCGUUUAGAUUUACAGAGUACGAUUUAAGUCGACGGUUUUUAAACGAGAUAAAAAGGUUCAACGAUAAAGGCGAAACUAUUUUCUGCAUCGAUUGAGACAAAGUGGACGAUGGAGAAAUACGUAUGCGAGAAGGGGGUGAAGAGAACGGAAUGGAUGGGUGACAAAUGAAAAAGGAGACGAAAGUUGACAGAAGCGUGAGUUGAUGAGACAGAAUGAGUGUGAGGGAGAGAAAGAUUAAUAAUCUUAGUAACCCGUUACUAUCUAGUACAGAUGCUCUAACGUCCAAUGCUGCUAAGUAAAUGAACGGAAGUGAUCGCGAUUUAUUUAUUUAUUUAAAAAAAGAAAAA